AUGAGCCAUCGCAGUCGAACUCUCCUCCUAACCCUCGACGCCUUCGGCACAGUCUUCCACCCGCGCCGCCCGGUCCCAGACCAAUACGCCGAGGCCGCGCACGCCUUCGGCCUCCCCCGCUCAACCAUCACCCCCGACCGCCUCAAAGCAGCCUUCAAAUCAACCUUCAAGAAACAGUCGCAGGCCCGCCCAAACUACGGCCGCGAGGAUGUCCUGCGCGGCCGGUAUGGCGGGCCACGGCAGUGGUGGGAGGAGGUCAUCCGGGGGAGUUUCGCGCAGGCACUGACGUCAAGGGGACAGGGUGGUAGCAGCGCAGUCGACGGGGGCGUGGACGUCACCGUGCCCGAUGCGCUGGUGGCGCAUCUUCUGGAUCGCUUCGCGGGUCGCGAGGGGUAUACGCUUUUCGACGACGUGGCGCCAUUUCUUGCGGUGGUAAGGGCGGUGAAGAGCGGGCGUCGGCGGCUUGGGCCGUUUGAGCGCGUGCUUGUGGGUGUGAUUUCGAAUUCGGAUGAUCGGGUUCCUGCGGUGCUGAGGUCGUUGGGGGUGGCGGUGGGUGACGUGCGGGCUGAUCAGGGGGUUGAGAGUAUGCGGUUGCCUGGAUUUGAGGAGAGGGAUGCCAACCGCAAGAAUGCGUCUACAAUAGAUCAAGUGGAUGAUGUCGAUCUGGUGAUUACCAGCUACGAGGCGGGCGAGGAGAAGCCGAGUCGGGUCGUUUUCGACGUGGCGAGGAGGCAGGCUCGACGCUUGCUUGGGGACGAGGGCGAGUCGGGUGACGACUGGGUUUGUGUCCAUGUUGGGGAUGACUUUGACAAGGACUAUCAGGCUGCCUUGACUGCUGGGUGGGAUGGGUACUAUCUUCCUCGGGGGCCCGCUCAUGGCACGCAAGGUAACAAGACUAUCCACUCGCUUAUGGAUCUGAUUCCAGAGCUCGAAGCAUACAGAUGA